AUGAGCAGGCCUCUCCUCUUCUCCCUUCUCCUCCCGCUUCUCGCCCUUGCUCAGGACUCGUCUUCGGGAAGCGAGCUUCCCCCUCCCGGCUACAAUGGCGGCAACGACAACCCGCAAGAUCCAAGUGACGCUGGUGCUGCGGGAUCGCAGAAGGGUGCUUUCGAGCUCUCCGGAGGUGCUAUCGCAGCGAUCAUUGUGGUCGCGGUCGUAGUCGUGCUUGGAUCCAUUGCCUCAGGAGUACUCUGGUGGCUCGCGAAGAAGCGCCAAUGGGACGUUCGAGCAUCCAUUCGUCGUGCCUCUCGCCGCUUCACUGGCCGCUCCACUGCCGACACAGGCAAGCAGAACCGCCAGAACCGAAGAACAGGCAUCAGACUUAACUCGCCACCCCCAAGCAAGAACGCCAACAAGAUGCGCGAUAUCGAGAAGGGCCUUCCUCUGUCCAACAAGGCACCACAGACUACAACUACAAUCACGAGCGUAAUGAGGUGA